AUGGCUGAGACCCCCAGAUCAUCGUCAUCAUCUUCAUCAAAUUCGGGUUUCUUUAUUCCAUCUUACGUGGAAUCGCCGAAUACUGAUGUUGACAUCGAAGUCAUCAGUCCGAUUUCAGUCGAGCGCAUCCACCCUGUCGAAAAGCUCACGCACUUCCCUAAGCUCCCCGCGGAGUUGCGUCUGAUGGUAUGGGAUUUCGCUUUUGUGGCAACCAGAAGUUGUCGGAGUCAUCAACAGUUUGGAAGAGAACAGACUGGAUUUGACAGGUUGGGAGUAUUACCAGUCCACGAAGCGGCCUCCCCUGAUCCGAUUCGUCAACAAGGAAGCGCGGGAAAAAGCAAAAAGGCUGGAGCGUCCUCUGGAUCGCGAUGCAUACCAAAUGGCGACCCUGUUUCAUUGGUAUGGGCUUGGAAGAUCUUGAAGAAUCUCGACACGUUGAAGAUCUUUGGUACAAAAGAGGUGAUUUUCGUGGUUGGUGAUGAAACUGGAUGUCGUGUGAAGGAGGUGAAUAUUGGCCAUACUACUCCAGUCAAGGAUGCAGAAGUGGUCUUAGAGAUGGAUAUUUUGAGGAAAAUCAAGGAUGAAUUGAAGAUGAAGGCGGAGGAGAAGGUGACCUGGGAGGAUAUGGAGAAGUAUGAUCUUCUGCGAGUGGAUUAUGCAAAGGAGCUGUAUGAGGCUGAUCCAAAGUGGUUGGUGACCAAGAUCAUCUAUCGAGAGGUAACUGCUCGGGCCUAA